UUUGCUGUGGUUGAUGGAGACUCAUUUCUUUAUAAAAAGAGAAGAUCUUUUUUUUUUUAUAAUUAUUUCUUUCUUUCAAAUAAUCAUCGUUUAAUUACCUACUCAUUAUGGUUCGUCUUGGUCUUUCCUCUUUUUCCACUAUUGCUUUGGCUGCUGUUUUCUUCCAAGGUUCAGAAGCUCAUGUAGAAUUCUCUAAUGACACUGUCAAGCCUAAUACUGUCUUGAAUACAUCUUUGGUUGUCCCUCAUGGUUGUUCUGGUUCAGAUACUGUUGGUCUUAGUGUCACUGCACCUGAUUCUAUCAAUAUUGGCAUCACACCUCAAAAUGUUCAAAACUGGACGUUAACAGUGAAUUAUCGUGAUUCCAGUAAUAAAACAGUGAAGGAUUUCUCUUGGACUGGUGGUUAUCUUGCUCAUGAUGGUCGUCAAGAAUUUGGUGUAGUUUUAGCUAUUCCCCAAGUGGAUCUUUCACAACAACCUAAUGUCACUGCUCUUUUCCCUACCGUACAAACAUGUUUGAAUAGUACUAGCAAUUGGACUUCUGAUCCUAAAGCCGCUGGAUACAAUGCGACUCGAGAUAAGCCAGCUCCUCAAAUCGUGAUUACUAACCAAGUCGAUGAAUCAUCUAAUGGUCAAGCUACCCCUUCAUCCAAUCCUUCUAGUGGUGCCAUGACAUUCUAUACUCAAGGAUCCACUCUUCCAUUGAUUGCUGCUGGUAUGGCUAUUGUGGCUGGUGUCUUAUUUUAAAUAAUCUUCAUUCUGGUUCCUUACUCCAUAUCUUACUUUUUCAUAUUUUCUGAUCUAUUCAUUAUAUAUAAUUAUUCAUUUUGAAAAUAAACAAUGUGAUGUUCACAAUAAUAAUCAUA